GUGAAUAUUUUCAAGUUUGUUCCAUGAGGUGUCAACAUGAAGAAUGUCACUGAAGUUACUAUGUUUGUACUGAAGGGCUUUACAGUGAAUUUUGAACUACAAAUCAUCUUAUUCUUCCUUUUUCUAGCAAUAUAUCUGCUUACUCUGAUAGGAAAUUUGGGACUGAUUGUGUUGGUUAUUGGGGAUUCCCGGCUACACAACCCCAUGUACUAUUUUCUGAGUGUGUUAUCAUCUGUGGAUGCCUGCUAUUCCUCAGUAAUUACUCCAAAUAUGUUAGUAGAUUUUAUGUCAAACAAUAAAGUCAUUUCAUUCGUUGGAUGUGCAACACAGAUGUUUCUCGCUAUUACUUUUGGGACCACAGAAUGCUUUCUCUUGGCUGCAAUGGCAUAUGAUCGCUAUGUAGCAAUCUACAACCCUCUCCUGUAUUUACUUAGGAUGUCACCAAGAGUCUAUGUUCCACUCAUCAUUGCUUCCUAUGUCGGUGGCAUCUUGCAUGCUACUUUACACACGGUGGCUACUUUUAGUCUAUCCUUCUGUGGAACCAAUGAAAUUAGACAUAUCUUUUGUGACAGUGCUCCUCUCUUAGCUAUUUCUUGUUCUGACACUCACACAAAUCAUCUUCUAAUCUUUUACUUUGUGGGCUUUAUUGAGAUAGUUACUAUCCUGAUCGUCCUCAUUUCCUAUGGUUUCAUUUUCUUGGUGAUUCUGAGGAUGCAUUCUGCUGAAGGGAGAAAAAAAGUCUUUUCUACAUGUGGUUCUCAUCUAACUGGAGUGUCAGUUUUUCAUGGUACAGUUCUCUUCAUGUACGUGAGACCAAGUUCCAGCUAUGCUUUGGAUCAUGACAUGAUAGUGUCAAUAUUUUACACUAUUGUGAUUCCCAUGCUGAAUCCCAUCAUCUAUAGUUUGAGGAACAGAGAUGUAAAAGAAGCAAUACAAAAAAUGUUUAAAAAAAUGGUUUAUAAAUAA